AGAGCAUGCGAGAGGAAACAAACAAACAACACCAGCCUGUAGGAGGGAAGUGAUUAGAUGAGCUUCAGCUGUUUUUUUCCCCUCCUGAAUGGCCUUCUUUCCAUCAGGAUAUGUUAGGACAAGUGCUUUCUCAAGCCAGGAUAUCAGUGGAAGACACAGUGUUCCGUAAAAGUCAUCCAGUUCCUGGGUAGCAUUAACAGACGCGACUUCUCUGCUCCGCACAGAAUAUACGAUCAACCUUUUCUUUUCUUUUUCAGUUUUUUUUUUUAAAUGGGUUUAGAAGCGAAAGGAUGUGAGCUUUACGGCUAGUUAUGAAUCUUUUCGAAUUUACUGACUUCUGUCUGACUCUUGGGCCAGCACAAUGCUUCUGCUGUUCAAAGAAAACCAGUCCAAAUUACCUAAGCGAGAGCUUUUUCAUGGUGAAAGGAGCAGCCCUUUUCUUACAGCAAGGAAACAGUUCCCAGGGCCAGCGAAGCCUCCAGCAUCCUCACAAACAUGCAGGUGAUUUGCCCCAGCACCUCCAGGUGAUGAUCAACCUCCUUCGCUGUGAGGAUAGAAUCAAACUGGCUGUCCGUUUGGAAAGUGUGUGGACAGACAGAGUGCGGUACAUGGUGGUUGUAUACAGCAACGGGCGGCAGGACACAGAAGAGAAUAUUUUGCUGGGCGUGGAUUUCUCCAGCAAGGAGAGUAAAAGCUGCACUAUAGGAAUGGUUCUUCGUCUGUGGAGUGAUACUAAAAUCCAUCUUGAUGGUGAUGGUGGCUUCAGCGUGAGCACUGCAGGGAGAAUGCACAUCUUCAAGCCAGUGUCGGUGCAAGCCAUGUGGUCUGCUUUACAGAUCCUCCAUAAAGCCUGCGAAGUUGCAAGAAGGUACAACUACUUCCCAGGUGGGAUGGCCUUGGUCUGGGCCACGUACUACGAAAGCUGCAUCAGCUCCGACCAGAGCUGCAUCAACGAGUGGAAUGCAAUGCAGGACCUGGAGUCCACCCGCCCCGACUCUCCAGCUCUGUUUGUUGACAAGCCAACUGAAAGGGAACGAGCAGAACGGCUCAUUAAAGCCAAACUCCGGAGCAUCAUGAUGAGCAAAGACCUGGAAAAUGUGACUUCAAAGGAGAUACGAAAUGAGCUGGAGAAACACAUGAAUUGCAACUUGAAAGAAUUCAAGGAAUUUAUAGACAAUGAAAUGCUGCUUAUCCUGGGUCAGAUGGACAAACCGUCUCUGAUUUUUGAUCAUUUGUAUCUGGGGUCAGAGUGGAACGCCUCUAACCUGGAGGAGCUGCAGGGCUCGGGCAUUGACUACAUUUUGAAUGUGACCAGGGAAAUAGAUAACUUUUUUCCUGGUUUGUUCGCCUAUCACAACAUCCGGGUGUACGACGAGGAGACCACAGACCUCCUGGCUCACUGGAACGAGGCGUAUCACUUCAUCAACAAGGCCAAGAAGAAUCACUCCAAGUGCCUGGUGCACUGCAAAAUGGGCGUGAGCCGGUCGGCAUCUACUGUUAUAGCUUAUGCAAUGAAGGAAUUUGGCUGGUCACUGGAAAAGGCUUACAAUUACGUGAAGCAGAAACGCAGCAUUGCAAGACCAAAUGCAGGCUUCAUGAGACAGCUUUUGGAAUACGAAGGCAUUUUAGAUGCAAGCAAGCAGCGCCACAAUAAGCUGUGGAAGCAGCAGGCAGAGAGCAACCUCCCUCAGAACACAGACGGCAGCACGGGCUCAGGAGACUUCUUACUCGAGAGCUUAGACGUCGACCUCGAAAACCGCCUGGCUGACCUGGACACCCCUUCGCAGUCGGUGUACCUGGACAACCGAGCCGGCCCAGAAGUGCCUGUGGGGUAUAAUUACUGCUUCCGCCGCCUCUCGGACACGCUGCUGGAGAACAAGGUGCCCGGUGAGAGGGAGAGCUUCUUCCACGUGGAGGAGCUGGAGCGGGACGCGCUUGCGGAGCGCGCCACCUCGCUGGUGAGGCAGCCUCCGUCCGUGCCUUCGGAGGGGAGGCCGGAGGUGGCGAAGGGCCUGGAGACAGUGGAGGCGCUGUCGGAGCUGAGCGGUUUCCAGGAGGUGAAGAAGAAACUGGACUUCAGCCCCCGGAAGGCAAGGCUGGUGCUGGGCCCCGGGGAGCCAGGGGAGGAUGGUAUCAGGGAGGAAAACCCAAUGGAGAAGUGGAAGCGUCGUUUGUCCAUGCACAAGGAGGAGAGCAGGCUUAAUAGAGAGAACUUGAAUAACAACAACAGCAAAAGGAGUUGCCCAGAGGAUUUUGAGCACGAUGCCGUAUUUGGGAUCCUCAGUAAAGUCAAACCUCCCUAUCAGUCUUGUGCUGACUGCAUGUACCCCUCGGCCAGUUUGUCUCCCGACUCCUUCGGGGAGCAGUGCGAGAAGCUGAACCCCGGCUCUGCGCGUCACAGCUCCACCAUCUGCACGCAGCCAGCCCUCCUCUCCCACAUCCCCUCCGGCUUGGCAGACCACCUGCCCAGCAAGGCGCGCGCAGAGGAGGUAAUCAGAACUAAAAAUAACGAGGCUCCGCUUCCUCUGUCAGCGGGAACUGGCACUUUGGAAGCUGGUACUUGUAAAUCAGUGGCUGAUCAGCAGUGCAGCGUUUCAGAGAAAGGAAAGGAUGCACCAAAAACCCCGGUCAAAACCCUGCAGCCCAGGAGAAACUCACACUGUGACAAGAGCCUCCUUAGUGCAGAACUGGUGAAAGAAGAGUCUCUAGCCAGAAAAGACAGCAAACCCACCAAGGAUCUGAAGUACAUGCUGUUCAGUAAAGACUUGGAAAAGCCGACUGCAAACAGUUACUUAAUGCAGCAUCAGGAGUCUCUCAUUCAGCUGCAGAAAGCGGGCUUGGUCAGGAAACAUACCAAAGAACUAGAGCGGUUGAAAAGCCUGCCCUCAGAUGCCUCGUCCCUGCUCAGAGAGGGCUCCCUGAGCAGGGCUGAGCCCAGCAUCGUGGAGGAAAGCGAAGCCCUGAUUUCACAUCACGGCCUCGUCCCUCUUCUGAGACCAACACCGUUGAUACCUGAAGAUGCCGAAAACGAAGUGAAGUUAGAGGUCAAGCGCUUGCUGGAGGGGAUUUCUCAGAAAACCUCCACGCCGGUCGUGUGCAGGUUGGAGCACACGAGCAGCUUCACCAAGGACUUCCUGAAGACCAUCUGCUACACCCCCUCGUCCUCCCGGAGCUCCAACCUGACGCGCAGCUCCAGCAGCGACAGCAUCCACAGCGUGCGGGGCAAGCCCGGCCUGGUGAAGCAGCGAACUCAGGAGAUCGAGACCCGGCUGCGGCUGGCUGGUUUGACUGUUUCGUCUCCUCUGAAAAGGUCCAAUUCCCUCGCCAAGCUGGGGUGUCUUAACUUGUCCUCUGAGGACUUGUCCAGCGACAUGGACGUGUCAACCAUAACGGACUCGAAAGAGGCCGUUUCCAGCGAGUCUUCCGUGCUCUGUGAGCCACAGCCCACUCCGAGGAGUGCGGAUGCCAGCUCCAAGCUGGCAGCGAAGCCAGCUGUCGGAAACUUGAAGAAUACGCUUUGGAUGGGCAAAAGUUGAUGCCUUCUGUGGGGGGAGUAAGAGGGAGGCUGGAUUUCUGGUUUCUGUUGGUUUUUUUUUUAAGGCGUUUAUUCAUUGCACCGAUGCAGUUUUAUCAUCUGACUUGCAGUAGUUCAUCUGAUGCCGCCUCUUCUUCCCCUCCGUGUACUCUUCCGUGGGGAGAAAAAGAAACGUGAUGGGUCAUGAUGAAUGGCACAAGGGAAAAUAAAAUGUAUUGCAUGGCUUAGAAGAGGACUGUGUGUGAAUUGCCUGUUGUCCUGCAGGAUGCUAUUUCUAGUACUGUUUGCCAAGUAUAAUAAUGUGGUGUUGUGCGUGUGUCUAUAUAUAGAUAGAUACUUACAUCUCUUCAUCUAUCUAUAUAUAUAAAAUGCUGAAAUGCUCCGUUUCAAAGUCUCAGCAAAAUAAUUAGUCAUGACUUUUUUUUUUUUUUACAGAACAAACACAAGUCUCUACUAAAGCAAGCGCUUGUGGAAAAAUCCUUAAAAUGGUGACAUGAACACUACCUCUGUUCUUUUAGUCUUGGUUUGUUUUUGUUUUUUUUUGUUUUUUUUUUUUUUGAGGCUUUUCCCACAGUGCUUACCAUUGACCGAAGGUAUUCCCUUACUGUUAACUGUAAAGUCCCGGAGGAGUGGAGACGGGCUUUACUGCACUGAGUGCUCUCGUCAUGUGAAGGAGUGUAAAGCUGUGUUCGUAUCGACGGUGUGACCUGCUGGCGUUAGUCCCUUGCUGCGUGACCAGGUGAAUUGUCGUUGUCUCAUGUCGGUGACGGAAUGGCAUCCGGACUGUGUUGCUGUCGGAGGCUUGUGCUCGCGUGGAGAGGUGUCUUGUUCUUUGGGUGUUCUUGCUGUCGUCGUGGUUUGUGAUGUCCCAGUAAUAAUGACGAGCCUGGCCAGUAAGUGACUGUGGACCUUAGUGAAGCUUUGUGUGGUGCUGUGUCGGCGGUGGGGACCCUUUGGUCAGGCUGUCGGUGGCACGCGAUGCCUGGGGAGGAGCGGUGGCUCUCCCGGUGCCCUGUGCACUGAAACCCCAGCAGGCAAUAGGUGAGCGUGCGUCUUCUGCAAUGAGUGCUGUUGUCCUCGGAUGAGGAUCAGUUCCUGUGCCCUCGCUUUCCCAGCAGGCUGUGGCAGUGGGGAAACUCCCACGGUGCUGCCAGGGGGUGAAUCCUGCUCUUCCCUGGGGGCGCACAGCCCGUGGGACACGCAGGGUUUGGGGGCCCAGCACAGGGCAGCGGCACAGCAGGGUGCUGGUUCCACCUCCCCGAGCAGCCAGAGCUGUGCAGGGUGGUUAAAGAACAUUGGGUUCCUCCCCGCGGUACUCUGCAGCUGCCCGUCGGGUGAGGCUGCCAAAAUUACGGCUUCGCUCAGGUGGGAUUUGGCCACUGGAGGGCAAGUCCUGGCUCAGAGACCGUGCUGCCUCCUCCAUCGCCCCGGACCCGCUGCCAGCGCGACCUGCGAGGCUGACUCAAAGGCUGCGUCCCCGGGAGGGCCCUGCAGACCUGGGCACGAGCCUCGGGCUUCAGGCCUUGAACAUCAAGCAGAAAAACGGGCUCACUGCGGAGAGACCGGAGCAGUGAAGGUGAGGGAAGAGCUCGGGAAGCACACAGGGGAUGUGCUCCCAGUGCCGGGGCUCCCCACGUCCCCCCCAGAACCGUGACAGCUGCCCGCUCCUUCAGGGCCGUAGCUUGAAGCAGGCCUGGGGGUCAAAACAGACCUCAGGGGUCGGGGCUGGCAAUCCGAUGUGUCUGCUCGUGAACGCGCAGGCUGGGAGCGUGAGCUCCAAACCUGUACAAGCGCUGUCGAAGCCGUUCUUAAAAAUCCCCUCGUUGAGGUGAGAGAGGAAGCAGGACUGCAAGCCGUCAUUCUGAGCCUGUGUUAAUCAGAAACAAUGCCUUGAGAAAGGGAGCCGUGUCUUACUGCCCUAAAACCCAGAACUAACUUCUUUUUCCUCAAGUAGAAGACCCCACUCUUUUAUAUUAACAGUGUAAGGAAUUACGGGGACUGGGAAUCAGUAAAUAAGCGUCCCUCUGUAAGGAGUCUUAAAUUUCAUGGACGUUUUAAAAGGCACGUUUCCUAUUGUCCCGUGAAAGGUGCUUGGAAGUGGAAGCCCGACGGGAGGGAGCCCUGGAGGAGAUGCGCGAGUCCUUGCCUUGUUUAGGGUGGGAAAACGGGGGCUCAUUUUUGGAGCCUGACCUUCCCCCGUGCUCAGUGUCUGCCCGAGGUGGCCUGGCCCUGGGGGCUGGCAGUCGUAUCGGUGUUGCUGUCCGUGUCUAUACCGGACUCUGAUGCCUGCUGGGUGGCAGAGGACGGGCAGCGGGGGGGCCAGGGCUCUGCCUGACGCCUGCAGGCUCCGUGCAGCCACCCAGGGCCCGUUUCGGUGCUGUGCUCGGCUCCGGUCCCAGCACACCCGGCGGCCUUGAGGCUUGCAGAGGCCGCUCGCGUGGUCGCUCGUGUUCGACACCGCGCGUUUUUGCCAGCUCCUUUCCCAGCCCUGCGGACACCUUCCUGCGCUCCCCAUUGCUGCCCGGCCAGGAAAGAAGCAGGGGCUCGGCUUUGAAGAAGCUCGGAAAGACGCCCUUAGCUGAUGCAAGCGAACACGUUCGUUUCCUUCCUGUUUUCCCGAGUGCCUGCCAAGCCCCGCUGCGCACAAACCGCGGCGCGGUGCAGCACGGACCGCUGCUGCCGCUGGAGCCCGGCGGUGCCACCGAUGCCCCCGCGCAGCCUUUGUGCGGCACGACGCCGUCGGGCAGGGGCGUAGCUCAGGACGAGCUGUGCUCGUGGCCAACGUGCGCCAGAAGCACUCGUGUGCCAUUUCGGGGGGGGGGGGGGGGGUUGUAGCCAAACCUGACGCUCGCAGACUACGUUAGAUUUGUUGCAUGAGAAGGUAGAUGUCUUUUGUUCCUCUUCCAUGUAUCGUAAUUGUUCUUUUACAAUUGAGUGCCUUAAGAAUAGUUUACAAAUACUGUGUAUUUAUGCUGAGCUGUUAAACUCUGCUGUUUGCUGUUCAUUUUUUUUGGUGCUUUUGGUGUAUCCGGUGGCAGUGAGACCGUUACCACUUCCUCACGUCGACCUCCCAGCCCGCAGGGCUCGGCGCUGCUCGAUGCUUCCCUUCCGCCUGGCUCAGAGCCACGACAAGGCAGCGCCGUGCGCGGUGCCCCCGUUUAUCUAUGCAUUGUUUAUCGAAGCGCAGAAAUGGGGGGGUCCGGGGGUGCUCAGCCAAUUGCCGGGCAUGGCCCCAAUCCGGCCCCAUCCCGACAGAAAACCCCAAAUGCACAAAACUGGCACCUUAUUUCCAGUCCGGGCGUUGUCGGUCCGUGUGAUGCCCGUAGGCAUCCUGCCCGUCCCACGGGGUUGGCCCGGCAGCGGCCGCAGGCAGGAGAGGGGUGGGUGAGUAACGUGGAGCUGUCCCAGUGCAUUGCUGUACUCUAUGAUAACAGUGUUCCUUUUAUUUCAUCGUAUUUCUUAAUUCUGGUUUUA